CAGCGCGUACACACUCCUCCACUGCCGGAGAAGGAAAGUAUGACAGUUGUGCUACAGCCUUCAAGCCAAAGUCAUCCGUUUCACCGCCGCCGUCCGCUGACAUCAUGUCUGAGAAAGAGCUCGGGCAAAAGUGGGACCGCUGCCUCGCAGACUGCGCUGUUAAAUUCGGUACCGGUCUGGGUCUAGGAAUUGUGUUCUCUGUUGUUUUCUUCAAGCGCCGGACGUGGCCCAUUGUGUUUGGGACAGGACUGGGUCUUGGCAUGGCUUAUUCUAACUGCCAGAAUGACUUGAGGUCACAUUAUGUACUGCAGAGUAAAGUUGCUAAGGAGCAGUAGAGUCACAUCAGUUAUGGAUUCUGUCAUCUGCCUUGCUUUUCAUACAGUAUUCAAAGCCUGACACAACAGACUGGUUGUCUUUCUUUCUCCAUAACAUCCAUCUUCUUGUACAGGACAGUCUGUUUAUUUAAUAAAAUAUAUAAAAAAUGAGCUUUUAAGUUUGCUAAGGAUGAUUUGAAUGUGAUUUAUUU